CAGUGUGAUCCAUUCAAUGUGACGAAAAUUCAAACCAACCAUUAUGCUUACAUCAGUUCAAAGUACACAGUCAUGGAAAAAUGCAUACAGGGGCAUAUAGAGGAGGAUAUUCCAAUCACAUAUAGAGUAAUAUUAUUGCUGUCCAGAUGACCAAGCAUAACACUCCAAUGUUGCUGCCCUACCAUGUCCUUUGCUAUCCAAGAAUUGCCUAAAAUGGCACAACAAUAAAAUUGCAUCAGAUAGUGGUACAGCAGUAACACAUUCAUAAAAGGAGAGAGGAGAAUGCAAAUUUUUCAAAAGAAAAAAGAAACACUUACCUUAUCUUCAUCUCAUAUCUAAAACAGCGACAUCAACAUUCACCCCUUCGAUUUCUUUGUGACAGCUUCACUUUUUCCUUAAACCACCAUCUUCAUCUAACAAAUAUUCACCAACACCUCGCCGGAUACCUCACCAGACAAACACGUGCAGCCGUCGGUACCGUUCUCGCAGAUCCUCCCUCAAGUUUCAUUCUGGGUUGUUUGCCGCACGUUCUGAUUACCAGAAUUAUUAUGGAAAAAUACCAUUAUCAAAUAUCAUUACCAUUUUCUUUCAUCACUAGCAAUUUUAUAUUUCUCUCACUUUUCUUUAGCCAAUUUCACGUUACCGCAGAUGAGAUGUACACAUCUUGUGCACCUUUUAACUGUGGUAAUUUCAUUAAUAUAAGCUAUCCUUUUUGGAACUUUAACACCCAACCUAGCUAUUGUGGACACCCAAAAUUUAUGCUUGACUGUCAAAAUGGAAGCUUGACUAUAGAAAUUAAGUCACAAAAGUUUCACAUCCUUCAUAUGGAUCAAGCCUCUCAAAUUUUGAGGAUUGCAAGAGAAGAUAUGUGGAAUUUGGUUGCCGGUGAAAGACGUCUUUGUCCCAAACAUUAUACUAAUGUGGAUAUAGAUUUUCAUUUGUUCAAUUACACCUCCAACAAUGAAAUCUAUACUAUAUUGUACGAGUGUGGUCCUCUUCCAGAUUCAUACUAUUCUCUCGCAAAUCAAAAUAUUUUUGAAGUAACGACUUGUUUUAUAGAGGGGAUUCUUCAUACUGAAUACAUAGUAUCAAGUGACAAAUUGGCUGAUUUUGGUGUUAUGAAGUGUAAGAAUAGUACCACAGUUCGUGGAAAAAGGAAUUAUUUGAAAAACAACUCAACAGUUACAAGGAAUGUUUUAGAGGAAGGAUUUGAAGUGAGAUGGAAUGUUGUGGGAGAUGACACGUGCCAUAAUUGCAUAAAGCGUGGAGGGAGAUGUAUAUACAAAAGAGUAGAAAAGGCAGUAUUGUGUCUCUCAAAGGAAUCUAUAAUAUCAAAAGGAACAUGGAGUUGGAAAACGAAACUCACUGUUGGUGUUAUUUCUUCUAUGUUGGCAACACUUGUUAUCGCUUCCAUAUGCAUUUAUAGGCGCCGCAAUAAUAAUAGUUCUGCUGAGUCCUAUAUAGACUCUCCUAGCAUCUCCCAACAACUAACUGAACGGAUUAGCAAAAGUCAAAACUAUGGAGUUGAACAUUUUAUCUUUGAUGAUCUUAAUGUGGCCACGGAACACUUUAGUGUUGACAACAGACUAGGAGAUGGAGGCAGUGGAGAAGUAUUUCGUGGAAAACUACCUGACGGGCGCGAAGUGGCGGUGAAAAGACUUUUUGACACCGGAAAUAAACAAGACCUAUUUCUCAAUGAAAUAAAAAUUCUAGCAAAGGUUAAGCAUGACAAUCUUGUAUUGUUGUAUGGUUGCACAUCACUAAAAAGCCGCGAACCUAUGGUUGUCUACGAGUAUGUUUCCAAUGGAACUUUGCAUGAACUUCUUCAUGGCGACCAAACUACAUCUAAAAAACUUCCUUGGGAUACUAGGAUGAGGAUUGCUGUGGAGACUGCAGAUGCAUUGAAGUAUCUUCACACUUAUAAAGUCGUCCAUAGAGAUGUUAAAACUAGUAACAUUCUGUUAACUGCCGAUUGUCAUGUCAAAGUAGCAGAUUUUGGACUCUCGCGCAUUUUUCUAGUUGAUGAAAGUCGUGUUUUAACAACUGCACAAGGGACUCCAGGCUGUGUAGACCCCGAGUACCAAAAUACUAAUGUGCUUACUUAUAAAAGUGAUGUUUUUAGUUUUGGAGUGGUGUUGAUGGAACUAAUAACAUGUUUGUGUGCUUAUGAUGAUAUCUCCAGAAAGGGCGAUGAUAUCUUUCUGUACAAAAUGGCUGUGGACAGAAUUCAAAAUCAUGCUUUGACUGAUAUUGUGGACAGUACUCUCAAUUUUAAUUCAGAUUCCAAAGAAAAUCAAAUGAUCAAUGGUGUUGCCGAUUUAGCAGUUUCAUGUCUCCAAAUUUCCAGUGAUAGACCAACCAUGGCAAAAGUGUUCGAAUCCUUGCUGAAAAUUCAACGCGUGAAUGAACUCCAUCCUGAAGCUGCUAGUAGUUCUAACCCAGGUGAUGAAAUAAAGUUACUUAAUAUAUAAUGAUCAAGAUUCACUAUUCCCAAGUUAAAAUAUUGUGAACUACUUGAAAGCAAUAAAAUGCUAGUGUAUAGAGUUAGCUAUAAAACUCUAGUUCUGUUACUAUUUAAUUAUAGUAGAUUGUUGGAUAGUUAGCUUAUUUCAUUAGUUUAGAAAACUUUAUGCAGGGAUUGAUCCCAUUGUAUCAUUUGGUCCAGUUUUAUUAUGAAUGAGAAUUACAAAGUGUUAUAUCAAUUGUCAUAUUUGCAACAUUCAAUCUUACUGCCGUGAGUAUACACAAAGAGGCAAUUCUUUAAGAACUGUUAUGUACACAUCAAAAAUUUAGGAAUGUUUGAUGUUCAUAUGUUUGUAAAGCUUGAGUUUUCUCAUAUGUCUCUGCAUACACAGGCACACAUCUUUGUUCUUCUUUUGUAUCUUUAAAAUUGUGUAAUGCUCUAGAUUAUCAUGAACUUGAUCAGGUGUUGUGUGAAGCUACUCAAUGAUUUUCCCGAAGGUAAGCACUUUUCAAUAUACUAAAUGUAAAAUUAACUGCAAUCUAUUAAUCUGUUACAGGUUUUUGUUCCAACUUUUGUUUAUUCAGACCAUUUUGCAGUUUUCAUAGAAAGUCAUGAUUCAUAGAAAGUUGUUGGCAUAGAUGAGUUCCAAGAUGCUAGUGUGAUGCAAUACAAGUUUCUAAAAAUUCUUGCAUCCCAUCGUAAAGUAAAAAUUAUUGGUGACAAUGAUAGGUCUUAAUAUUUCUUCAUAAAUCCCUAAUGAAUGAGAUGGCUGGAUAGAUAGAUAUCUUUGUUGUUUUUCUCUUAAGUAUCUUGCCAUCAGUUUAGUGACUAUAAUUUAUUUGAUUCUUUCUUCAUGUUUUCUUUCCUUUUAGCAUGCGUGCUACUUCCUAUUAGUGGGUUUAAAGGACAUUGUUUCUCCAUAUACACAAGGGUUUGUUUAAGUAGCUAUUGAUUCUCCUUUUUAAUUGCUUACAAACAGAUGUUUCUUAUCAAAUAUAAAUUUCUAACUACUUGGUUAUAGAGACCAGCUACGCUAUCAACUUCCGUAACUAUAGUUUUUAUAUUAUACUAUCUCUAGCAUUACCAUUCGGAAGAGCCUUACGAGUCAAUAUAUUCCGGAAAUACAAUUACGGGUCACUCCCAUAACUUCAAAUCUGGAAUAUUUUUGCUAAACUGUAGUUUGUAGUUGGGGUGAUUCCGAAUAUACAACUACGGAUCCCUCCCGUAAAUAUAUUUCUGAUUAGUUCUUUGCUCUGCCUAUCAAAUGCUGCGGUGCCUUAGAAAAGCAUAGGUGUGAUAAGAAAUUUCCCAUUUUUAAUUAAUAGUUACGAAGUCGGUUGAUGGUA